AUGAACACCCCAGCCGAGCCCAAUCAGAAGCAGAUCAACAUGCUGAGCAACGACGAAUACCAAAACCAGGAGCCAGACCAUGGUCAAUCGGAAGGCCGACACUCGUCACAUCACACCAUAGAAGAGAAACACCAGGUCAUCGUUGACGGGCCUGAUGGAGGGUUUGUUGGCUGGCUUCAGGUUGUUUCGGCUUUCCUCUUGGUGCUGGACGGCUUCGGCUUCAUCACGGCUUUUGGUGUUUUCCAGGCAACCUACAUCGAGAUGAUGCCUCAUAUGGGAAAAUCUGCCAUUUCGUGGAUUGGCUCCAUGCAGAUCUUCCUCCUAUUUCUCCUCGGAACCGUCAGUGGCAGGGCGAUUGAUGCCGGCUACUUUCGAGUUACGCUUCUCGUAGGGUUUGCCUUUCAACUCGGCGGUAUCUUUGGCGCCUCUUUCGCCACUCAAUACUGGCAUUUUCUCCUCUCACAAGGUAUUGCCACGGGAAUUGGCAACGGUAUGCACUUCACGGCCCUUGUCUGGCUUGUCUCCCAAUACUUUACCAAAAGGCGCGGGCUUGCCCUUGGCAUAAGCUCCUGUGGUGCUCCCAUCGGCGCAGUCAUCUUCACGGUCAUGGCAAAGCAAUUACUUAAACCAGCGAGCCUCGCUUGGACACUUAGGGCGAUGGGUUUCUUGGUGCUCUUCAACAGUAUCAUCGUCUUUCUUAUUUCACGACCAAAAGAAGCCAAGCGGUCAUCUGGCCCGCUUCUAGAACUUGCGGCUUUCAAGGAGUUACCCUAUCUUCUUUUCACCAUUGGCAUGUUUUUCACGCUACUUGGAGCGUACUUUGCUUAUUACUAUGUUCCCAUUUUCGGCAAAACCAAGCUAAAGCAGAGCGAGGAUCAGGCUUUCACGAUUCUCAUCAUCAUGUCGGCCGUGGGUCUCACGGGACGGCUCAUCCCACCAUACUUUGCCGACAGAUCUAUCAAGCCCCUUCGGACGCUGGUGAUCUCAAGUCUCCUCAGCAGCCUCAAUCUCUACGCUUGGGCUGGUGUAAAUUCUACCGCAGGACUCACAGCCUGGGUCGUUGCCUAUGCAUUCACAGUAAAUGCGGUGCAGACACUUUUUACGGCAUCCAUGGGUGAAGUAACAACAGACAUGUCGAAACUAGGCGUUAGAAUCGGCAUGGUGUUUACGGUCGUCAGCUUCGCCUGUUUGGCUGGACCACCAAUCGGCGGAAGCCUUGUCACGAAGGAUGAUAAUUACCUUUAUUCGCAAAUAUUUGCCGGCACAUCCAUGCUGGUCGGUGGUUUGCUCGUGGCACUUGCGAAGAUAAAGCAGGUUGGCCAACGGGAUUUUUGGAGGAUUAAAUCUACGUAA